ACUAAGCCCUAUACGAAGGAGGAGGAGGAGAGAUGGUCGCCAUCCUGCAGGAGAGAAAGGAGAAGGAGGCCAAGAAGAAGGCCCUCCAGGAGGAGCGGGCGGCCAAGUUGAAAAAGAUAGAGGAGGAGAUGGCUAGAGAAAAAGAGAGGUUGAAGAAGGAAGAAGAGGAGAGGUUGAAAGAGAUGGAAGAGGAAGAGAAAAAUGAAACACCACUGCAAAGGAGGAACGGGCAGUACAGUGGCAGCAAGGAUGAAGAGAUGGAGAAACGGAUUUUGGAGUGGGUCGCUAACUUAUCCCUGGGCGAACAAGAAGAGGUAACUAUGUAUAUCCCCAAGGAUGAGCAAGAAGCCGCUAUGAAGAAAUGGGAAGCAGAAGAAGAUGUUCUGAAGCGGCAGGCGAUGGAAGAUGAAACGAGGAUGGUGUGGAAGCUCGCAAUGAUGAGGGAGAAGAAAAGAAGAGUGGAGGCGGCGAGUGCAGCAAUGCAGGAAUUGGCGAAGGCCCAAUUAGUCGGCCUCUUCUAUCGGGCUAUGCCCGAAGCCUUUCAAGGGCAGUUCUUCGCGAAGAGCAAAGAUCCUGCCACCACUUAUGAUUCCCUUAGCCUUGAAGUGGUGGCUUUCGAGGCAAAAUCGGUGUCACUUUCUACCUUCUGGCACAAAGACCUCGACAAAGGAAAGCAAUGGAAGGGCCGCACUAUCUCAGGGCAAGUAAAGACCAAGGAUAACCUUGUCCUUACCUUAGAUGAAGGUAGGGUGGAAGAGAUCCCCUACGAGCAGAUUGAGUGGGGGUUAGAGGAGGAGGACAGCAAUGUGAGCCAGGGGAGGACUUACGCUGCUGUCGCGGCUGGAGGGAGGCCGCAAGGAGGAGGACGAGGCCAGGGCCAAGGGGGCCGGGCCUCAGGGAGCCGGUUUCACGGCGAUCAGGGGGUUGGCAGUAGAGGAGGAAACCGCCACGCGGGAGGAAGGGGUCAAGGUCCCCCGCAAAACCAUCCUAGGAAUAGGUCUCCCUAUAGGGUCUUGGAGAAGCUGAGAGAAGCUAACUUCAAGAUCAAUGCAAAGAAGUGCGAUUGGGCGAAGACCCAAGUCUUAUAUCUAGGCCACGUCUUAGACGGAGACCGCGUUAAGCCAGAAGAUUGUAAAAUCGCAGCGAUUAGAGAUUGGCCCACUCCACGUACGCUGGCAGAGUUGCGAUCGUUUCUGGGCUUAGCUAACUACUGUAGGAAGUUCGUGAGGAACUUCUCCACUAUCGCUGCGCCCCUUCGCAGACCGCUCAGGAAGGAGACAAUCUGGAAGUGGGAUAAGGACUGCACAUCUGCUGUGAAGAAGCUGAAGCAGGCAUUAAUAGAAUAUCCAGUCCUUAAGGUAGCCGAUCCGUCCUUACCCUUUGUCGUCACUACGGAUGCUAGCCAGUACGACAUAGGCGCACUGCUGCAGCAAGACGAUGGCAAUGGUUAUAGAAAUGUAGAGUUCAUGUCCGCUAGGAUGCCUUCAGAGAAGGUGGCGACAUCUACCUAUGAGAGGGAACUCUACGCUCUCAGGCAAGCAUUAGAACACUGGAAGCAUUACUUGCUCGGGAGGCAUUUCAAAGUCUAUUCCGACCAUGAAACAUUGCGAUGGUUAAAGACGCAGGCCAAGAUGACACCUAAACUUACUAGGUGGGCCGCAGAGAUAGACCAGUACGACUUCGAGCUCAAGCCAGUCAAAGGGAAGUAUAACAUAGUUGCGGACGCUCUGAGUAGAAGAGCUGAUUACUUUGGGGCCAUAGUCCAUUACCUAGAUAUAGGGUCAGACCUACAACAGAAAGUUAAAGAGGCGUACGCGCAGGACCCCAUCUAUAGUGAGCUCCUUAGGAGAAGUUAAGGAAGCCCCAGAGUCCGAGCCAUGCUACCACACUACUGAUGGGUUCUUGUUUGAGAAGACUAAUGUAGGAGACCGUUUGUGCGUCCCCAACAGUGAGGAGAUCCGGAGUUUGAUCUUGGGGGGAUGUCACGACACCGAAGGACCUGGCCUCGAAUGAAACCUGAUUGCGUCG